AUGGGUCUGUUUGAAGAUGAGGACCGCCAAUAUGCGGCUGAUGUUCAGGCUGUUCAGAACUGGUGGAUGGAUGACCGCUGGCGCUUCACCAAGCGACCAUUCACGGCGGAGCAGAUUGUGGCAAAGCGCGGCACUUUGACAAUUGACUACCCGUCAAAUGUCCAGGCCAAGAAGUUAUGGCGUACUUUGGAAGGAAACUGGAAGACCAAGCAGGCUAGCUACACCUAUGGCUGUCUCGAACCCACAAUGAUCACCCAAAUGUGUCAAUUCCUCGAUACGAUCUAUGUUUCCGGCUGGCAGAGCUCCUCAACGGCCUCAUCUACCGAUGAGCCUUCCCCUGAUCUGGCGGAUUACCCCAUGGAUACCGUCCCCAAAAAGGUCAACCAGUUGUUCAUGGCACAGCUCUUCCACGACAGGAAACAACGCGAAGAGCGCAUUACUACCCCCAAGGACCAACGGUCCAAGGUGGCAAAUGUUGACUACCUGCGUCCCAUCAUUGCUGAUGCCGACACCGGUCACGGUGGUUUGACUGCCGUCAUGAAAUUGACCAAGCUGUUUGUUGAGCGCGGUGCUGCCGGUAUUCACAUUGAAGACCAAGCUCCUGGUACUAAGAAGUGCGGCCACAUGGCCGGUAAGGUACUUGUCCCUAUUAGCGAACACAUCAACCGCCUCGUGGCUAUUCGUGCCCAGGCCGACAUUAUGGGCUCCGAUCUUCUGGCCAUUGCCCGUACCGACUCCGAGGCCGCCACCCUCAUCACCUCCACCAUCGACCACCGAGACCACUCUUUUGUCGUCGGUGCCACAAACCCCAACAUCCAACCCUUGAACGACCUGAUGUUUGCCGCUGAGCAAUCCGGCAAGAACGGUGCCGCUCUCCAGGCUAUCGAAGACCAAUGGGUCGCGCAGGCCGGUCUCAAGCUCUUCGAUGAAGCUGUCAUCGACACUAUCAACGCCAGCGCGGGCAGUAACAAGCAGGCACUCAUUGAUCAAUACCUCAAGGCUGCUAAGGGCAAGAGCAACGGCGAAGCCCGUGCUAUCGCCAAGGCCAUCACCGGUGUGGACAUCUACUUCAACUGGGAUGCUCCUCGUACCCGUGAGGGUUUCUACCGCUACAAGGGUGGUACUCAGUGCGCCGUGAACCGCGCGAUUGCUUACGCACCAUUCGCGGAUCUCAUCUGGAUGGAGAGCAAGUUGCCAGACUACAAGCAGGCAAAGGAGUUCGCAGACGGUGUACACGCCAUCUGGCCCGAGCAGAAGCUCGCAUACAACCUCUCCCCCUCGUUUAACUGGAAGAAAGCGAUGCCUCGUGAUGAGCAGGAGACUUAUAUUAAGCGUCUCGGCGAGUUGGGUUACUGCUGGCAGUUUAUCACUCUCGCUGGUCUGCACACUACUGCGCUUAUCUCACACCAGUUCGCCAAGGCAUAUGCCAAGAAUGGUAUGCGUGCUUAUGGUGAACUGGUUCAGGAACCAGAGAUGGAACAAGGUGUUGAUGUAGUGACUCACCAGAAAUGGAGUGGUGCGAACUAUGUUGAUAACUUGCUCAAGAUGGUUUCGGGUGGUGUGAGUAGUACUGCAGCUAUGGGUAAGGGAGUGACCGAGGACCAAUUCAAGCACUAG